CCUUCUAUACUACCCCAUCCCCCCCCCCCCCCUCUCCAAUGUCUCUUCUCACAAACAGAAUGGCUUUCUCUCUACUCCUUAUGAUUAUCUUCGGCCACCCGCUCGCUCUUCUGGCUCACUCGACACCGCCCAUCAGCUCUCGCAUCACUGUGGUAGGUGCGGUUUACUGUGAUACGUGCCUCAGUGACGGCUUUUCAAAACACAGCUACUUCAUCCCAGGUGCUGAUGUACACAUACAAUGCAGAUUUAAUGCAAAUGUGCCAAAAACAACGGAGAUGAUAAGCUUCUCAGUUAACAGGACAACUGACAUAUACGGAGUAUAUAAGCUGGAAAUACCUUCUGUUGAAGGGGUAGAUUGCGUAGACGGUCCUCCGAUCCAAUCCUUUUGUCAGGCAAGUUUGCUAGAGAGCUCAUCUUCAGCUUGUAAUGUUCCAUCCCUGAAAGCAACAACAACAGAAGUUUCAGUCAAAUCCAAACAAGAGAAUCUCUGUGUUUACAGCUUCACUCCUCUGAGUUUCAGACCGAGUAAAAGGAACGACACCAUUUGCAGGAAAAGAGGACAUAAAUCAUCACAAGCUUCAUCUAGGAGUAUAUCACAAGCUGCAAACCUGCAACCUUUAUCAUUCCCAUUUUCAAGUCCACCACCCUUUUUACCCUUUCCAUUCCCUUUUUCAAGCCCUCCACCCUCUUUACCCUUCCCAUUCCCGUUUUCGAGCCCUCCACCCUCUUUACCCUUCCCAUUCCCAUUUUCGAGCCCUCCACCCUCUUUACCCUUCCCAUUCCUGUUUUCGAGCCCUCCACACUCUUUACCCUUCCCAUUCCCGUUUUCAAGCCCACCACCCUCUUUACCAUUCCCACAUCUUCCUCCAUUCCCUUCAGUUCCAUCCUUCCUUCACUCACCUCCUCCUCCUCCACCAUCCUUCGAUCUAGGAGACCCAAGAACAUGGAUACCUCACAUUCCGCUCAUAUCUCCACCACCCCCACCCCCACCACCACCUAUAUUUGAUCUCCGCGAUCCAAAAACUUGGACACCAUUAAUUCCUCCAUUAAGUCCACCAAACCUUCAAAAACAGAAUCCAUAAACGUAUGUUCUGUUUUUUCUCUUAUCUAAGAUUAUUGUGUGCAAAUUUUGUUCUUUGCUAUACAGAUUGUAACCCAUAUAUAAGUCUAUGUGUACAGUUUAAUUCUAUGUAUAAAUACUGUAAUGUAUUGGUACUCAAAUCACUUCAUCCAAUAUUGCAUAGGCAUUCUUAUUUAUGGUCA